CCCCCGGGCCCCCCCCCCGGGCCCCUCCCCGGCCCGGCCAUGGAUGUGAGGUUUUACCCCGCCGCGGCCGGGGACCCCGCCGGCCUGGACUUCGCGCAGUGCCUGGGCUACUACGGCUACACCAAGUUUGGAAACAAUAACAACUACAUGAACAUGGCUGAAGCAAACAAUGCAUUCCUUACUGCAAAUGAGCAGACCUUUCAUACUCCAAGCCUUGGCGAUGAAGAAUUUGAGAUCCCACCCAUCACCCCACCUCCGGAGUCGGAUCCUACCCUGGGAAUGUCGGAUGUUCUGUUACCCUUUCAAGGCCUCAGUGAUCCACUACCUCCUCAAGGAAAUGAGUUCACACCUCAGUUUCCCCCACAAAGCUUGGAUCUUCCUUCUAUCACGAUAUCCCGAAAUCUUGUCGAACAAGAUGCUGUAAUCCAUAGCAGCGGGUUGCAUCUGGAUCACGGCCACACAGCGGUCUCGCAGUAUCGUCAGGAUCACUCCUUGAUCAUGAGGUCGAUUGUCCAGAUGACCGAUGCGGCUCGUUCUGGAAUCAUGCCUCCCGCUCAGCUCACCACCAUUAACCAAUCCCAGCUGAGCGCUCAGUUGGGACUGAACGUGGGCGGCGCCAGUGUGCCCCACACCUCCCCUUCACCUCCUGCAAGCAAAUCGGCAACCCCGUCGCCUUCCAGCUCUAUCAACGAAGAGGACGCAGAUGAGUCCAACAGAGCCAUUGGAGAGAAAAGAGCUGCCCCAGAUUCUGGCAAGAAGCCCAAGACUCCAAAGAAGAAAAAAAAGAAAGACCCAAACGAGCCCCAGAAGCCAGUGUCCGCAUACGCCCUGUUCUUCAGAGACACGCAAGCCGCAAUUAAAGGACAGAACCCCAACGCUACAUUCGGAGAGGUCUCGAAAAUCGUGGCAUCAAUGUGGGACAGCCUCGGGGAAGAGCAGAAACAGGUUUAUAAACGGAAAACGGAAGCUGCCAAAAAAGAAUACCUGAAAGCACUUGCUGCUUAUCGAGCCAGCCUUGUGUCGAAGGCGGCUGCAGAAUCGGCGGAGGCCCAGACAAUUCGUUCCGUUCAGCAGACGUUGGCAUCGACUAAUUUGUCGUCGUCCCUCCUCCUGAACCCUCCCCUCGCUCAGCACGCCUCGGUGUCAGCCUCCCCUCAGACUCUGCAGCAAUCCCUCCCGCGGGCCAUAGCUCCCAAACCUCUGACCAUGCGACUGCCCGUCAAUCAGAUUGUGGCUUCUGUGACCGUUGCCCCGAACCUGCCGUCAAACAUGGCGGCCCCCCUGCUCGGCUCUAUGGGGACAAGUAUGGCGGCCAGUCCAUCUUCCACCCAAGCCAGCCCGUCGGUGCAGACCCAGCAGCUGCAGCUGCAGCAGCAGCAGCUGCAGCAGAUGCAGCAGCAGCAACUCCAUCAGCACCAAAUGCAUCAGCAGAUCCAGCAGCAGAUGCAGCAGCAGCAUUUUCAGCACCACAUGCAGCAGCACUUGCAGCAGCAGCAGCAGCUCCAGCAGCAGAUGAAUCAGCAGCAGCUGCAGCAGCAGCUGCAGCAGAUCCAGCUGCAGCAGAUGCAGCAGCAGCAGAUGCAGCAGAUGCAGCACCAGUCCCAGCCUUCUCCGCGGCAGCAUUCCCCGGCGGCCCCCCAGAUGACGUCCCCCGUCCCCGCCAUCGGGAGCCCCCAGCCGGCCCCCCAGCAGCAGCAUCAGUCCCAAAUACCGGCUCAGGCACAGACUCAAGCGUUAUCCCAGGUCAGCAUUUUCUGAAGAUGCGUCUCGCAGGAUGGAUUGCGGUGUCUUGGCCCCGGGGCCGAUGAGGGAGGGGAGGAGGGGGUUGCUGUUUGGGGCGGGAAGGGGCGAGGAGGAAGGGAGAAGGACGCGAGGGUAAACCACGUUCGACUGCGAACUGUCAAUUGUCGAUGGUAGUUAUGCAGGGAUGCGUAACAGAUCAAAUGAUCCUCUAAAGUGUCUAUUAGAUAGGCAAUAAAGAACUACAAUGUAGCCGUGUAUCAUCUUUUAGCUGACGAUAAAUCACUGUUUUUCAAAAUAAAAGCUGUGCUCUUUCGUGUGAUGCCUUUUUAAUUUAUUCAAGCUUUACCUACGAUAUGUGAAUCCAAUGGCCUAAUAAAUCCUGGGACGUGACGGUGACUGCAGACUGUCCUUUCCGAGUUCUAGAAUGUAGUCCUCGUUUCUCAAAGAGGGGAAGAGCGUACCUUCAGGCAGUUUGAACUCAUGAAGCCUUUAAAAGCACAGUUUGUUAACUACCUGUAGAACGAAGAUACGGUUUCAUACAAGAACAUGUAUGACGUGACUAGUCGAUGACAUUUUUUUUGUCACGAAAAAUAAUGUAAAUCAGACUUUUUGCCAAAGCUCUUAUUUUUCUGUCCUAAAUCUCUUCAGAAAAAAACACACGCAAGGGAUUAAAUGUGACCCACUCGCACAUCUAUCCACGACGCCAACCGGUCAGACGACGACAUACCCAUGGCCUUCGCUGCUGCUUCAUUCUGAUCGUUCUAAUUAGAAGACAAAUGUGAAUAUUAGAUUCUGUGUUUCGAGUGACAAGUUUCAAAAUAAACACACUGUAUUUUUCAAAGGGAAAUGCACUUAAAUGAAAACUUAUUACAAAAGUGAAGAUUAAAAAAAAAAACACAAGAGUUUUUAUUAUGCUGUAAAACCAGUAGAAUAUUUAAAAGAAGCGCCACAGUAAUCAAUGUAAAUAUUUUCUUUAAAAGUUGUAAGUUUUCAUAUCAUGUGUUGUAAAGUUUUCAUAAAUGAGGCUUUAAUGUAAACACUGGUAACAUAAACCAUCCAUUGCUAUGUUGCUUAUUGUGUUUUUAUGCUGUUUUAUACUUUUUUAUGAGUUACGAUAGCAGCGAUUCAGUUGUUUGUAUUUUGCUUAACUAAAAAAAUGCUUUUAUCUUGCUAUAGAAUAAACACAUUUCAGUAAAAA